UCAGUCAGCAUGAGAAGUCGAUCUGGCAUGCUUUGAUCGCGUUGGGGUCAUUACACGAAAAUUUCGAAAACGACCAACAAAUUCCGGGUCUAUGGCUCUCUCGAUACGGACAGGAUAAUUUUGCUCUUCAAGAAUAUGUGACUGCGAUUAGGGCUCUCCUUCCUCCAACCGACUCGCACUCCCUUGAGAACACGGACUCCUCGAAACUGACAGUGGAUGUUUUCUUGAUAUCAUGCAUGUUGUUCGCUUGUUUCGAGAUUCUAUCGAGCCACUAUGACUCCGCUAUAAGACAUAUCAGGAGUGGUAUCAAGAUCAUGAAUGAGGUUCACUGCGACCCUCGAUCAGGCACAUUCUGCCACCCGAGCCUCCGCUCGUCUACAGUGACCGCAUUGGAAAUGGAUAGUUUGCGGAAAAUGCUUGUUCGUCUGCAGGAUCAAGCACUGACCCUCACGCGCGAAGAAGUCGAUAUGCAACUGUCCCAGUCCGUGAUGAUAAGGGAAACUGACACCGAAAUCCCCGAGGUCUUUCGCUCUAUCGGCGAAGCACGCGAUAUAUUCGAAUAUUACAGAUGCAAGGCGGGUCGACAAUUCCGUGCGUUGGAUACCGCAGACUCUGACAAUCUCACGGGCCUUCUGCAUCACUAUUCUCAACUUUUAGGUAAGCUGACCGUGGCGUUGAAUAAUUUCGAGCGCACUCGAGGUCCACUUCUUACCGCCAGAGACAAGACUGGAUUAACCAUCAUCCGGAUCUACCAAAAAAUGCAAUACAUAGUUCUGGAAUACGGCAAACUUGGAGUCUCAGACCAGAGGUCAUGGGAUAAUUACAACCCUAUAUUUGAAGAAAUCGUCACGCUUGCCGCUUCUGUGGUUGACAGCGCGCAAGGUAUCGAAUGUCUGUCUCUAUCACCAUCUCAACUGGCAGAGCUGUCUCAGAACGGUCGUUUAAAACCCUCUUUCUCCCUUGAUAUGGGCAUCAUCGCUCCGGUUUACAAUGUUGCCACCCUAUGCCGAGAUCCUGUUAUCCGUCGGAAGGCACUUUCUGUGCUUCGCUCGAUGUCGCGACAAGAGGGUGUUUUCAAUAGUCAUGCUUGUGCCUUAGUUGCAGAGCAGGCAAUCGCCAUUGAAGAAAGGAUGGCUUCGGGGAUGGCAUUGAACCAUCAGAAUGAGAGAUCUCUCCUGAUGCUCUUGCCCGGGACGAGGCCGUCCUGGCAAAGUGAAGCCACUGAAAUUGCUCACAGCGACGAGGUUCCUGACUCGGCUCGUCUGACAUACAUCCACCCGACUAUUAAGAUUGCUGACAAAAAUGUGUGUUUGACCAUCGGUCAACAAGGCAAGCACAUGGACAUCCCUGUACCUGCAUUGACUGCCAUGCUGGACCUAGUAACAUUGUGAUGGGCUGGCCGGCGUACGCUUCGUUUCACCAACAGGAGCCAUUAACAAUAUCACGACUGCCUCUUAUCAGGUGGAGUGGAAGGUACGAGCUUGGACCAUAUGAAAACAGCCUCACUAGGUUUGACUGUUAAAUCAAACCGUGAUGUGCAAUAUAU